ACCCUCACAGGAAAAGAAAUAAAUUCCAGCACCGCCUCAUGAAAUUUGUAUGCGGAGGGAUACCAUGUGCCUGGGAAUAGCUGCACACCCGCACUUCAGCCUCAACCCGAGGGAAAGAUCAACACUACCAACACCUUUACCGUCAUGAAUGGGACGUCGAUGCCAACCAACGGCUCAACUUCAGCCGCCAUGGGGAGUGGUGGCGGCGGCGGCGUUAUGCCCAUGCUGGGUGGGCAACAUAAUCCGCUUCAGCAUUACCAGCAACAGCUCCAAGCUUCUCAAGCCGCCUUGGGCCAACUUCCUACUUAUCCACAAGGUAAAGUCUGAUGGAGAAAUGCACCUCUCCCUCCUUCAUCCCCGCUACCUGCAUUUCAACACUUGCUCCACCCUGUUGUGAUCGGAGCCUCCCCUGAGCGUGGCGUGGGGUCGCUUCGAAAAUUCAUCGCGUGGAGUUCAAGCUAACGACCAUCCGUCAUGAAGGCACUCCGGCCCAAAACCUGUCGCCCCAUCCUCACCCAUCGUUAUCGCCUACGUCGGCAUCAGCCUCCUCCGCGUCCUCCAUGGCACUUCAGCAACAGCAGCUCUUGCUAAACCGUCAAAUGGAGACUCAAAGUCAACUACAACUCGAUAAAUCUCGGGUCACAUUAAUCCUCCAGAUAAACACUGAGCUUCUCCGAGAAACAAUAAACCUCCAGGCGAAUGGAAAGGGAGCCGGAGGCGAGGAGAACAAGACACCCGACAAGGGAUAUAUUGAGUACGCGACCAAAAACAGCGCCGGGCCCUCGUCUUUUGCUAUGUGCAUUCACUGAUACCCAAAGCUCGGUUUAGAUGUAUGCGACGGCUUCAAUGUAAUCUGGCCUACCUAGCUGCAAUUGCCGACCGCUCGCAUAAGCCUGCUUCCCAAAUCCCACCCUCGCCCACAAUUCUACUCGCGCCGCCCGGAAUGCCGGCUCUCGAGCAGAUGUACAAAGACCUGCAAGGCCUCUAUCCCAAUGUCAAACCCGGGAACCCAUCGCAGUCCGGACAAGCGUUGAGUCAAGGCGGAGGAAGCCAAUCAGGGAGAGGGAGUCAGAAUGUGUCGCCAAAGGUCAACGCUGCCGAUAAGCCUACAACUCAACAUCAACAGCAGCAACCCCAACAGCAGUCCCAGCAACACCAACAGCACCAUCACCACCAACCAGCUCAGCAACAAGUUCAGCAACAAGUUCAGAUGCAGUCUCAGCAGAGCCCCCGACACGUAACAUCACCUACCCCGCCAGCACAAGUCCCACACCAAGGUUUACCACAUCAGCAACAACCAAUGCAAAUGCAAAUGCAAAUGCAGGGGAUACCUGGCCAGCAACAUGUACAAUUCUCUCCCCCACACCAUCCACAACCGUCACCACAUAGUGCUCCUCAGAUGGCACAGCAACAUGUCCAGAGCGUCGGACCAGGCGGCCAGAUGCCGGCGAACUAUGCCCUUCUCCAACAGCAACAACGGCACGCGAUGAUGCAAGCGCAGGCGCAAGUGCAGGGUCGACAAAUGCAAGUUCAGGUGGGAGGGGUUCCGUCUACGAUGAGCAUGAAUUCCGGCGUCGGCGGAGGUAUGAGUAAUGGCAUUCCAGUGACCUCAAUAGCUCAACAAUCGGGGAUGCCACAGCAGGCCAUGAUGGGGAAUAUGGGUAUGGGUAUGGGUAUGCCCCCAGGCAUGGUUCCGGGAAUGGGAGUACCAAUGAGUAUGGGGGCGCCAAUGGGCGGUGGGCCGAUGGCAGGACAAAUGGGCGGUCCCAUGGGCGGUCAGAUGGGACAAAUGGCACAAAUGGGUGGCCAAAUGGGAGGACAGAUGGGAGGACAGAUGGGGGGGCAGAUGGGAGGCCAGAUGGGAGGACAGAUGGGGGGUCAGAUGGGGGGUCAGAUGGGGGUCAGAUGGGGACAGAUGGGGGCCAGAUGGGGGUCAGAUGGGGAGUCAAAUGGGGAUCAAUAUGGCCCAGAUGGGUCAGAUGGGUCCUGGGAUAGGCCAGCAAGGUUUUGA